UUGCAGUAAUGGCGCUGCCCGUGGAGGAGUGGCGGCUCCACGCCGCGCGGGGCUGGGCUGCGCUGGAGCCGGCGGAGCGGGAGCGGCUGGCGGCGGCACCACUGCAGGACGCGGUGCGCCUGGGCUGCGGGCUCCUCCGGCCCGAGGCGGAGCGGGCGGCACUGUGGCGGCUGAGCCAGCGCGAAACGGCGGGCAAGGAUCCGCGGGUCGCCCGGGGCUGCCGCGAGGAGGGGAACCGGCUCUUCGGCCGCCGCCGGUACCGCGCUGCGGCCACCCUGUACUCGCAGGCAGCAUCCCACGAGCUCCCCGGCACCCCUGAGAUCUCCAUCUGCUUUGCCAACCGCUCUGCUGCUCUCUUCCAUCUUGGGUACUUUGAGGUUUGCCUGGAAGAUAUUGCCAGGGCUGAAAGUCACGGCUAUCCAGACAGGCUGCUGCCCAAGGUCUUGCUGCGGAAAGCUGAAUGCCUGCUGUGUUUGGGGAGGUUACGGGAUGCAGCAGACAUCCUCGGUGUGCUGGAGAAGAAAAUCGCUAUGGAUGGGACCAUGGCUAGUCCUACAGAGCAAGCACUGCUGAAAAAGUCAAGUCAACUGAAGAUUAAAAUACGUGAGAGAGAGACCUGUCCAGAGCCACCACGAGAGGCAUGCGGUGGCAUUCAAAGACAGUCGGAGAUCUGGGAAGAGAAUGACAGUAUUUCAGGCGCAUCUUCAUCUUUGAGUUUGAGAUUUAAUAUUGAGAGAGGACGUCACUUGGUGGCCUCUCAGGACAUCCUGCCAGGACAGAGCUUGGUGAAAGAGGAGGCCUUUGUAAGCGUGCUCUGCGCAGGGGAGAGCCUUCUCCUGCCAGGCAGUGGUGAAACAGCGUUGGAUACUCGAGUCACUAAUGCAGAUCUUUAUUGCCACCGUUGUCUGAGGCAGCUCUUAGCUUCAGUACCUUGCCGUGGGUGCAGUUACGCGAAGUACUGCAGCCAGGACUGUGCAGACGUGGCAUGGGAGCAGUACCACCGGACAGAGUGCUCCCUGGGAGCACUGCUUCUCACAUUAGGGGUCUUCUGCCACGUUGCCUUGAGGACUGUCCUGCUAGCAGGAUUUGCAGAGGUUAGCAGGCUGGUGGAAUGGUCCCACAGUGGUGAUGAGAACCUUCGCAGCCCUGAGGUGAGAUGCAAACAUCUCGGUGAGUCCCCAGAUAUGAGAGCUGGUAGCAGAGGUAUCCCAGGUUGUAACGACAGUGGUCAGUACCAGAAUUCUUACCAAGCUGUGUUCAACCUUUUGCCACACGCUGAGAAGCACAGCCCUGAACAUAAGUUCCUUUGCAUGCUGAGUGUCGUAGCUAUAUGCAAACAGCUGCAAGAAGCUGGUCUCGAGGCUGCUGUUUUGAAUCGGGAAUCAUCUGAGAAGCAGUCCAAACAAAAGACACGUGAGAAAACAUCUGAUGAACUGUCUCCAGAGCUGAUGAUUAUGGCAGAAGCAAUGCUGAGGCAUGUGCUGCAGCUGCAAUGUAAUGCACAAGCAAUCACUGUGAUGCAGGAAUUGGAAUCCGGAGAUGGUGCUGUUGUAAAUAAGAAGCCUGUGCGCCUGGCGACAGCCUUCUUUCCUGUCCUCAGCCUUCUGAACCAUUCAUGCUGUCCAAAUAUCAGCGUGUCAUUUAAUGGGACAGCUGCCACUGUCAGAGCAUCACAGCCAAUCCCAAGCGGCCAGGAGAUUUUCCACUGCUACGGGCCACACCAACAUAGAAUGAAGGUUGCUGAGAGACAACAGUGUCUCAGUCAGUAUUUCUUCGAGUGUCGCUGUCAGGCAUGCCUCGACGAGUUAGAGUCUGAUGUCAAAAGCGUGGUGUCCAGGAGAAACUCAUUCUGCUGUCCUAGCUGCCGGGCUUCACUGCAGGGAGAAGACGUUCUUUGUUGUUCAAAUGAAGCUUGUGCAGUUUCCGUCAGCAGAGAGAGCCUGUUACACCGUUUACAGGACCUUCAGCAACAAAUCAAGAAAGCAUUAGAACUGCUAAGAGACAGGAAGGCUGAUCAGGCUGUCAAAAUGCUCCUGAAGUGUCAGAGGAAUGCUGGCAACUUCUUGUCUCCAGAGCAUUUGCUGAUGGGAGAGAUUGAGGAUCAUCUGGCACAGGUCUACGCUACUCUGGGGAGCUGGCAGGAAGCAGCCAGACACCUGGAGAGGAGUAUUGAGAUCGUCGAACUGCAUCAUGGGCCAUCAAGUGUAGAAAUAGGUCAUGAACUUUUCAAGCUGGCACAAAUUCUCUUCAAUGGAUUUGCAGUUUCUGAAGCUCUGAGCACGAUUCGAAGAGCAGAGGAGAUUUUGUCAGUGCACUGUGGUCCUCAGAGUACUCAGAUCCAGGAACUACGAGAGAUGAAGGCCUGUCUGUUAGAGCUUCCCAGAAGUGUCCUUCAGAGGACUUAAUUUCCCUGUCAAAGGAAGCUGCAGUGUGAUGUUUCAUCAAAGCUAAGUUUCAUGUGCAGAUGGUGCAGACUAUUCAAGGACGGAGGCUUCCAGAAGCAUUCUGCUCCUUCCUUUGAGGGAAGGCAGACUUCCCGAGUGAGGAAAACACUGCCAGAAGGAUGGCCCUUGUGCUCUCUAACUGCUGUUUUGCAAAAACAGAGCACCAUCCUUUUUACCCAGAAGCUAAGGGAGUUCGGAAGCAGAAUCUACUAUGGACAGCAGUUGUUUGGUACAGAAAUAGCUGCAGCGUGGCAGGCUAUGGUGAGUUAGACUAAUAUUUUUAAGUGGUAGAAUGAUUUGGUUGUGUGGAGCAUUCACGAGAUUCUUUCAUAGUAGCUGAUAUCGGACAUGCACGGCUACCUCAGAACAAGAACCCAGGGGAGCUGUGGCCAUCUCAGAAAAAAAGGAAGCUGUAACGGGACAUUGCCUCUUGCCAAAACAGGGCAAAAGCAGUCAUGUUCAGCUACAGGUGUCAAAAUCUACCCCUGCCUGUCCCAACCGUCCGUGGCAUUGUGCUGUGGGUAUCGCAGUAGAGGAACAAACCACAGACAGCAGGUGCCAGCUCAGCACCUUCGAACCUCCUAGCAGAUGUCAGCAAUGGUCAGGUUUUGCCCAAGAGAAAGGUUAAGGACUGGCACAUUCCUUCUUAUCACUGCCGCUCACAGGCAAAGCACUCUCCUGUCCCUGUGCCACUGCACUCACCCUAAUUCAAGGAAUAAUGUCCGUUUCACAAAGCCAGCUCUGCCCUAGUGAGUGUUCCCUGUAUGCUCUGCAGCUGAGAUGCCCAAAGCUUACUGGACUUGGUCCUUGAACAGUCUUUACAGAGCAGCCAUUUCACCUUACGGUCCCUGUUGUUCUCUGUGAUGAGGUGUAGCAAAA